CCGCCCGCGCUUCAUUACAGGAGUGUGUAUUUUAGAUCAUAUAUAACAGGAAAUAUAAACUCCUAUUAAAGCUUUUCUGCUCAUAACAUAACUUUAGUCUUGUUUUAACCAGUGUGAGGGUUUGAAGCCCUUGUGUGUUUGAAGUGUAAACUUUUUUCAUUUAAUAUCAAGAAUAAUGGAAGACUUAAGUUUUAUACCGGAUCUCCCGAGCGGGCCCCUAGAUGUAUAUAGGAAUGGAGCUUCGUUCAACUGGAAGCGACUUAAAUUGGCCCUUGAAGGAGACAUUGAUUUAUUGAAACUUAAGUACAAAAUAUGGCGUACGCUAGAAAAGGAUCCUCUCUUUGCUCACCACCCUGUUACACCUCCACUGGAAGAACAGAAGAGAAUAACUCAGUUGCAAUUAAAGAAGAUCAACGAAUACAAAUUCAUUCCCAAGGAAAUGUUCAACGCGAGUUAUAGCAAACGGACACGGACAAUAAUGACAAUAAACGAGGCGGUCCAAUCCCUAAAUCCAAGUGUUUCAGUGAAGAUGGCCAUCGGUAUAUACCUGUUCUCAAACGCACUCCUCUCAUUGGGGACAGAGAGACACCUGAAGUUUUACGAAGCGACGAUAAAGCAUAGAGAGAUAUUAGCAAGUUUCGCGCUGACGGAGAUCGCGCACGGGUCGGACGCGCGGCUCAUGCGCACGACCGCCACGUACGACCCCUCCACCAAGGAGUUCGUCGUGCACACGCCAGACUUCGAGGCGGCUAAAUGCUGGGUUGGUAAUCUAGGUAGAACGUGUACCCAUACCCUACUGUUCGCGCAGUUGAUCACACCAGAUGGCACCAACCACGGACUUCACGGAUUCGUCGUGCCUAUCCGAAACCCGGACACCUUGGAAACGUAUCCUGGUCUCACUGUUGGGGAUAUGGGAGAGAAGAUUGGCGUCAAUGGCAUUGACAACGGAUUUAUUAUGUUCAACAACUACAGAAUACCGCGGGAAAAUCUCCUCAACAGAACGGCGGAUGUCACCGAAGAUGGCACCUACGAGAGCUCCUUCUCGGAGCCGUCCAGGAUACUCGGAGCGGCCUUGGAGAAUUUAUCAGCAGGUCGCAUCGGCAUCAUGCAGGAGAGCUGCCAGUCGCUGGCCAGCGCCGUGAGCAUCGCGGUGCGCUACGCCGCCACGCGCACGCAGUUCGGCGAGCGCGGCCGCGAGACGCCGCUCAUCGAGUACCCGCUGCACCAAUGGCGUCUGUUCGGUCACGUCGCUGCGGCGGUUAUCUACCGGCUGUACAUCGGUAAAUUUACAUACGUGUACCUGAAUAUGGUGGAGAAAUCGAACGCCGGACACCGAGUGGAUAAUUUGAGCGAGGCGGUGUCGGAGAUCCACGCCAUGGUGUCGAGCAGCAAGCCGCUGCUGACGUGGGGCGCCCUGCGAGCCGCGCAGCAGGCACGGGAGGCCUGCGGCGGACACGGGUACCUCAAGUGCUCCAACCUGGGCGACCUCCGCAGCAACCACGAGCCCACGGUGACGUACGAGGGCGACAACAACGUGCUGUCGCAGCAGGCCGGCAACUGGCUGCUCCGCCAGUACGAGGCGGCGCGCGCGGGCGCCGACGUGGACUCGCCGCUGGCGUCCGUGGCCUUCCUGCGCGACCUGCCGCGCCUGCGCGCCGCCGCCUUCCGCGCCGCCCGCCCCGCCGACCUCCAGACGCCCGACUUUAUUAUUUCGACCUACAGAUGGCUUCUAUGCUGGUUAUUGAAGCACACUCAUGAAAAGAACGAGGCGGAACUCGCCAAGGGGCUCACUAAAGUCCAGGCGAGGAACAACUGUCAGGUGUACCGGUGGAAAAAUCUCACCAAAGUGUAUGCGGAGUAUCUCUCCCUCAUAUUCUCCUUGGAAGCCAUAGAGACGAAGGAGAAAGAAUUACAGCCGGUGCUGAUGAAACUGUUCUGUCUCUAUGGGCUAUGGUGCCUCGAUGAUAACUUGGUGGAGUUGUACCAGGGGGGAUACUCCAAGGGGGAGGAAAUGGCGAGAUUAAUCAGGGACGCUGUGUUGGAACUUUGUUCGGAAGUGAAAGGAGAUAUCGUCAGUGUAGUUGACUCGCUUGCGCCGACGGACUUCGUUCUCAACUCCGCUUUGGGAAAAAGUGAUGGAAAAUUGUACCAGAAUCUCCAGAAAGCAUUCUUCAGUCAGCCCGGUGUCUUCGAGCGGACGCCGUGGUGGCGGGACGUCGUACCUUCGUCUAAACUGUAAGAAUAAUGUAUAUAAGUAUAUCUAGAACCGUAGAUUUUGGACACAAAAAUAAUAUUGUAUAGAGAAGAAAAACUAUUUUCCCCUGUAUCUUAAAUACUAGAUACAAAAAUUGAUUUCAUUUAUUUUUAUAUCAUAUUUAUACUUUACCGAAGGUAUGUUAUUUUUUAUAUUAGAUUAUUUUUAUUACCACGAAGUUUUUUUUUUGUAUGAUUUUUUUAAAACAUUUGAGAAACCUUCAUUUACAUAAUUCCCCAGUGCCGAUAAAGAAAGGCAUAGGCGCCAAAAAUGUUCUAUUGGAAAAUGCGUUUUAAAAUAAAAUUAAUAAGUUUCCCAAAAUUAUCGUUUUGGCGGUUAAGCCUUUCUUACUUUCCAGUGUCGAUAUAAUGCUGUGGCGUAGUACUUUGGACGUACUUUUUAACACAUUCUAAUAACAUAUCAUGUAGAAAUUUUAUGAUAUGUCUGGCUUGUGUAAGUCUUAUUUUUAUUGAAUAUCUCAUAAACUAUUUUAAAAUUUUGGCUGUUUUUGUUAUGUUAUAGGAUUUGAUGAUAAUUGUAAGAAGAAACACAAUCUACUUUAUUAAAGGCCAAAGUUGUAAAGUAAUAAUGAAAUUUGUGUCAUGUAAUUUGUCAAUGCGUAUUUUAAGUGUUAUUCCAUAAAGCUCGCUGCGAUUAUUUUUAUUUCUUAAGUUUUCUGGUUUAAACCUACCAAAAACAGUUGAUCAUGACAAUGAAACCAACGCAUACAGCCAUUACUAUAUUUCGUGUUGCCAUAUAAUAUAGAAGACGUUCUAGCGUAACCAUGGAAAUAUUUACAAAUAUAUUUGGUGACCGCGUCGAAAAUUAAAGUAUUUCAAAAAAUCUUAAAUAUAUACACAAACAUUAAAGAUAUCUAUUUUUUAUUACUUACAAUCGUCGUCACAAAUAACAUAAUUAUGUUAAACAAUACAUAUCAGCAAUAAAUAACAUCACAUAUUAAAGUGGAUUGUGAUCCACCAAGUGUAUGGUGUGUGUGAUAAGAGGAUUGCAAGCUGUGACAUUGAAAAAUAGAGUUGCCAAAUACUAGAAAUUAAACAUGAAGUCUUUCCUAAAAAUUUCAAUAAAUAAAAUAAACCGG